CUCACAAUUUUCCCAACCGACAGCGAAAAAGCAAGUCUCCUCUUGUUUCUACUAGUUUCUCUUUCUCUAGCUAGCGAUCGACCAUGGGAUGUACGUCUAGCAAAGCUGCUGCCAAUGGCGCAAGUCCAUCUUCUGCUUCUCCUUUGAAGCACCCCAAGACGGACCUACUGGAGACGGACAACGACCACAGCGAUUCCCCAUCGUCCGCCGCCGUAUUACUCAGCCACAAGAAGAAGCAAGCGGAUGCCUUGUUGGCUACCGAAGCGUACACGGAAGCCUUUCAACAGUACGAAGCCAUUUUGAAUUUGCUUCUGACAAAGUACGACGAUACACCACACGUCUCAGUGGCCGAUGCGUAUUGCGACAUGGCCGUAUGUGCCCGCGUGGGCGGCCAUCCACUGUUGGCGUGGAAAUACUACAAGUUGGCGUCCAAGAUGCAUACGAGUGUAGGCGGUGGUGAAGUCAGUGCGCCGGUCGCGGAGAUUUACGAUUGUUUGGGAUCCGUCCUCAGUGAUCUCGAUAAACCCAACGAAGCCAUUACCCAUCAUCGCAUGGCCUUGCAGAUUCAUGACAAGUUGCGCAGUACAAGUACAAGCAAUAGUAGUAGUAGUAGUACUAGUGACUGCAAGAUCCACUUUCACUUGGGCAAUUGCUACUGCGCCGUCAGAAUGUGGGACGAAGCACUGGAACAUCUGCAAAAGGCCAUGGAUGGAUUCGAAUCUGGCAACACCACCAACCACACAACAAGCACCACCGACUAUGACAUGGCCGAAUGUUAUUUGUCACUCGGAAUGGUCCAUCAAAAACAACGACAAUACGAAACGGCCUUUUCCUAUCACGAAAUGGCACUCCUCAAGGCCAUGUCGAUACUCGAUGGUCCUACCGAUGUCUUGACGUUUCGCAGUCACAUGAACAUGGGCAUUUGUCGAUACCAUCAUCAACAACAAUACUCCUCCGCACUCGACUUGUUGCAAAAGUCACUCGUCGCACAGAUUCGCAUUCAUGGAGAAUACAAUAUAGAAACGGCCACGUGUUUGUAUCACAUUGCCGAAUGUCAUUUUGCCAUGCAGCGUCAACAACAACAAAAAGAUGCUGCCAUGAUGUACUAUCAACGGGCCGAAACGGCACUCUUGCAAUCGGUGGGAGAACAACAUCGACUCAUUUAUGAAGUCUACACCAAACUCCGCAAGUGUUACAAAUCAAAAGGCGACACUGUAAAGAUGAUCGAGUACAAGGAAAAGGCCGCGCAUGUCAAGCAAGUCUUACGAGGCGACAAGAGUGCGAAAGCCGCCAAUCAUCAUCAUAAGACUACGGAAUCAUCGGGUGGUGGUGGAGAGACUACUACUACUAGUACUACGGAAGCAUCGUCCUUGAGUUUCAACUCCACCACUGGUUCGUCCUUGUUGAGUUUCAAUAAUAACAAUUCCACUCAUGGUAGUGGAGGUAUCUUGACGGGAGGAAACAACAACAACAACAACAACGAAACGACGCGGAGAAAGAUGCGUGAACUCGAUAUGGAUACCACUCAUUCCACGAAACAGUAUUUUGAUGCACGGUCCGGAUGUUUGGAUACUGCUUCGGGUCACAACAACAAGAAGAAGAAGAAGAAGAACAAGAAAAAGGGUGUCAGUUUUGGACAAGGAACCGAGCUCCAAAUAAGUACCGUUAGUUUCAAAAUGGAUGCGCCAUCGGGUGACUUUGACACGGAUUCUUCCGACGAUGAUGAUGACGAGCAGGAGGAAGUGUCGCCGUUUGGUUCCGCCAAUUGAUUGAGUGAACGGCGGAGGACUCGACUCACACUCGAAAUGAAGAGGAGAGGAGAGGAGGACACACAACUGAUGCACAGGAUCAGGCAUGAAUGCAUAUAUAUAUAUGUGGUAUGUAGAUAGCUAGUUCGAUCGAUGGCUAGCGCGUAUGAUGAUAAAACUAAACCAGACUGUAACAGUACGUACACGAACAAAGCAGCCCGGCAACUGUUUUUCUUG